AUGGAGGCGGUGCUGCCUAUCGCGCAGCCGAAGGAGGACCACUUGAGCAAGCCCACUAUACGCAUCGAGAUACCUUUACUCAGUGGGAAGAACAGUAAUGCGCCCACGAUUGUGGACAUUGCCGAGGUAAUGGCCAAGUAUCGAGAACAAUUAGGCGAAUCAUCGGAAGAUGAGGAUUACGAAGAUGGGAUGGAAGAGGAGGGCCUUGAAGGAGAAGAAGAUGACGACGAGGACAGUGACUCCAGCGAUGAUGAUGAAGAUGAAGAAGACAGCUUGGAUGAAAUUGAGGAGAGGGAGCUGAGCCCAUCAGAGAUAGAGAACAUGCUGCCCGCUGGUCCCAAGACAAACAGAUACACUGGAGUCAUCGAACGAAUUGAGCGGAUGUACGGUGGGGAAUACAGCAAAGGACGCAAACAGGACGACUACGACUUUGAGGAUUCGUUCAUUGAUGACAGCGAUUGGAAAACCUACUCUGAUGCGCCGAAGACGAAGCACGACGGUUUCUUCAUCAACAAGGGUACGCUGGAGCUGGCUAGCGAGGAGAGCGAGAGCAGCGCACAAGCCUUUCAGGAGGGAAAGAAGAAGAAGAGGAAGCGCUCGCUCGACAAAGACGGCAAGGAGAUCAAAGCCAAAGAGAGCAGCGGCGAUGCCAAGGACAAGAAAGAGCGACCGAAGAAGAAGACCAAGACGGGCAGCGCCGACUCCUCCCCCGCCAAGGAGGGCGAAGGCAAGAAAGGCAGUAAGAUCCAGGCCCUUACCUUCCAGUCCGCAUCUCCAUCGUCUGCAAGCAGCGGACAGUUCGCAGCUCCCAAGCCCAAGGCUCCCGCCGCGGCGCUCUCCCCCAGCGUCGAGUCCGCAAUCCAGGCCCUCGAGAGAGCUAUUCCCUUGCAUCCGCUUGCCGAGGGAGGGAAGAAGCGCCUGCCCAGAGAGCUGGACGCACAUCUGUACCAGGUGGCGUUGGAGGCCCGAAAGACGCACCCGCAUGGCCACAUCGCCGCAAACGUCACCCAGCGACUGAUCAAGAGUCUUCCCUUCAACGAGCGCACCCUCAAGCAUCACAUGAAGCGCGUCCUCGAGAGUAAGACGGAGGAGGAGGAGGAAAGACUGGAGGCCAAGAUAGACUCCCUGCUGGACGAGCUCAAGACCAAGGUCGACAAAAUGCGGGGCCUCAACCCGACGGCCAAGUGGAAGUGGGACCGCGAGACGGGCAACCUCCUGUGCACCAUCUUCGAAUUGGUGGACAACCGGGUGGAGCUUCACAACAAGCUGCAGUACGUCACUUCUUGCCCAGUUCGCAGAGGCCCAGCGCAGCAGUGGGCCAGUGCCGCUAACACGUGCCCGCAUCGACACAGCGAGAAGGAUACCGAGCUGAAGCUGAGUGACCGAAAGGAGCGUAAGAAGGUGGCAGAUGAGAUCGCCAAGUUCUGGCCCGCCGAUCAGAUGACGGGCGCCGACAUCCUCAAGGCGGCAUCCUGGACGUUAGUGGUGAUGACGCUCUCCAUCCGCAGGAAAAACACAAUCAUCAAAUCGAACAGGAAGCGAGCCACCGGCAAGCCCGACGGAGGCUCUACGAUCGAGGGCAAGGAGAAGGAGAAAGAAAAGGAGAAGGAAAAGAAGGACGGCAAGAAGGACAGCGCGCAGAAGGAGAGCAAGAGGGACACCGACAAGAGCAAGGCGGACAAGAAAGAAAAGAAGCAACAGAAGGAGGAGAAGAAGAAGGAGCGGAAGGAGGAGAAGAAGCUGCGAAAGGAGGAGAAGAAGAAGAGCUCUGACAAGAAGGCGUCGGGUGACGACAGGAAGGUGGCGGCCGAGCGGAAGCCAUCACCGACCACAGCGCCCCAGCCCUUGGCGUCACCACCACCACCAACCACAGCUGCGCAGGCACAACCCUCGGCCACCCCGAUCGUUCGACAAGCCGUGCCCCUCCCGCCACUGCCAUCCGUCAUCACGAGAGUCACGGCCGAAGAGGACGACGACGUCAUCAUCCUCUCUUAA